AUGGAGAGCGAGUACGUGAUUGGAGAAGCGGCCUGCCAGUCAACGUGGGGGCGGGACUGUAAGGGGGAAUGCCGCGCUGUGAUUGGGUGCAGCGAUGGGCGGGGAGGCGGAAACCCGCAGAGAGCGGCGGCGGAGCGUCAGUCGGCCGCAGCUGGAGGGAGGGAGAGCGAGAUGGAGAUCGCGGCAGCCGUGGGAUUCGUCAGCCGACUGCUCCGUAAUACCGGCCUGGUCAGCCCCACACAGAUACACGUCUUCGGCCGCUCGCUGCAAGACGCGCUGGCUGAGCACUACCGGCACCACUGGUUCCCAGACAAGCCGUGCAAAGGGUCUGCGUACCGCUGCAUCAGGAUUAACCACAAGAUGGACCCGCUGAUUGGGAGAGCGGCCAGCCGCAUUGGUCUAAGCAGCCAGCAGCUGUACAAACUCCUGCCCAGCGAGCUCACCCUCUGGGUCGACCCGUUCGAGGUAUCGUACCGCAUCGGGGAAGACGGCUCCAUCUGUGUCCUGUAUGAGGCCCCCGCGCCCGCCAACAACAACCUGGGAAUGAUGACGUGCAAAACCGAGAUGAACGCCGGCUCAGCCAGUCCUCCCAAAAACUACUGGAUGGCCGUUUCAAGCUGAGAACCGCCUUGCUCCAUCGGAACAGCGUAUAUAUAUAUAUCUAUAUAUAUAUCUAUAUAUAUAUAUAUAUCUAUAUAUAUCUAUAUAUAUAUAUACCUUAAGUGGAUUUUAAUUUUUUUUGAAUUCUUGGCUUAAUCAUUGGAUUUGAUAAUCAACCUACACAGAGCAGAUCUCUGGUGUCUCGUAUCACAAACAAGGAACUGCAGAUGUCGGUUUGCAAUUAAAGACAGUGCAGGAGUAACUCAGUGGGUUGGGCAGCAUCUCUAGAACACCUGUGUUCAUUUGCUGCCCCUGUAGGAAGGAACUGCAGGUGCUGGUUUACCCCGGAGAUAAGACACAAAAUGCUGGAGUAACUCCGCGGGUCAGGCAGCAUCUCUGGGGAUAAGGACUUGGGACUGAAGGGCCUCGUCCUGUAGCGUCAGCCUGUUCCUUUUUCUCCAGAGAUGCCGCCUGACCCGCUGAGUUACUCUGUUUAAGAAGGAACUGCAGAUGCCGUAAAAUCGAUGGUAGACAAAAAUGGCGGAGAAACUCAGCGGGUGAGGCAGCAUCUAUG